GGGGGGGGGAGUCAUUUGAAGUACCUUACAAUUGUGCCAUGGAAGUGUUGACAGAUUACCUCGAUGGGGACAACGUAAAACGAUGUUUUCUCAUACAGCGGGCAAGGAAACGAAAGGUCGUGUGAUCAGAAGAUUUGGAGCAAUGCCUGUAAAGAUGGCAACCGGCUACAAGCAAUAAUGAAGUUGAUGGUUUCUCGUUGCAAACGCUUCAAAUUCUGCCUUAUUUAUUUUAUUUAAUGCAAAACAAUCUUUGACGUGUGACUUUUAAAAACUAUUACACAAUGACUACUUCAGACUGCCCAUCACUGGAGCGCCAUUUCCGUGGACAUAAGGACACAGUAACAGCGUUAGCUUUCAACCCAGCCCAACAACAACUUGCAUCAUGCUCUCUGGACAAUUCACUAAUGUUAUGGAAUUUCCACAAAACUGUGCGAGCUUUCCGGUUCCUGGGCCAUACUGAUGGUGUCAUGGAUCUUACUUUUUCUCCAUCGGGUCAUCUAGUUGCCUCAGCAUCUCGUGAUCGUUCAGUUCGCUUGUGGGUACCAAGUGCUGUUCGAGGGACAUCAGGCGAAUUUCGUGCACACACUGCAACAGUGCGCUCAGUACAUUUUUCUCCUGAUGGGCAUCAAUUAGUUACAUCCUCAGAUGAUAAAAGUAUUAAACUUUGGUCUGUAGCCAAACGAAGAUUUGUUUUGACUCUUCACGGACACAGCAAUUGGGUCAGAUGCUCUCGAUUCUCACCAGAUGGUAAUAUGGUGGCUUCCUGCGCAGAUGACAAAUCAAUCAAGUUGUUUGAUCCAAGGAGUGCUAAAUGUACUCACUCAUUUCAAGAGAGCAAAGGACAUGCUGUCAAUGUGGAAUGGCAUCCUAGUGGAACAUGCAUUGGAGCAGCACUGUCAAAUAACAUAGCAAGAAUAUAUGAUGUGCGAGCAAAACGAGUAGUUCAACAUUACUGUAGUCAUGAAGGUGCUGUCAAUCGGGUAGCUUUUCAUCCUAGUGGUAAUUAUUUACUUACUGCUAGUCAAGAUGCUACAAUGAAGGUCCUUGAUCUUCUUGAAGGACGCCCCAUUUUCACCCUACAAGGUCAUGAGGGUGCCAUUACAUCUGUUGCAUUCUCUCCUUCUGGAGAAUACUUUGCAUCAUCUGGUGUGGACAACCAGGUCUUUGUAUGGAAAACCAAUUUUGAUGCUGAGGAUUGGCAGUCAGCUCUUGGAGAAGAAGCAGCUGGGUUGAAUGAAACUGUAGCUGAAUUGAAUUCCCCUGUAAAGUGUAGAGUUGAUGCUAGAUCCGUAUUGAAAGAAUUGCAACAGCCCAAUGUACAGGUGACGACAGUUAAUCAACCACUUGAAAAAAGGAAUUCUGAUUUUGAAAAUGAUGGUAUGCAACCAGACAAGAAUGAUGGUAUUUCAAAGAAAGAAUCUAUUUGUAGCUGCCUUAAAAAACAUGCAGAAGAGCAAAGCUUGCAAACAGAAACUAUAAAUUUGCUAAAGGGAACAGUAGAACUACUAGAGCAACGUAUGAGCCUUCUGGAAGAAAAACUUGCAAACCUCUCGGCUAAAUAAAAAAGAAAUCAAAUUUUAAAAUCUUGUUCAAGUACCUACAUGGUAUUUGCAGAAAUAAGAAAUCAAUUUUAUUUAAGACAAAGCAGAGAGCUUAAGGAUGAAGACCAAUUUAAUUCAAUCACACUUUGUUGAGUUGUUUUAAAUUGAGAGUUGCCACACCAAGACUAUUCUACAGUCUAUACAAAUUUAAAAAAGUAGAAUGCAGUUGAAAAAUUGUCUUAACAAAAUGCUAAUCUAUUGUCCCCCCCCCCCUCCCCCCCGACAAAAAGAAAAGAAAUGUUAAACAAGUACUAGCAGUGCACAUGUAUGCACUUGGGUGUUUGAAGCAUUACAAUUGAAGACAAGUGAGGCUAGUGAAGGCAGGCAACUACAAAAUUGCUCACUCUAGAUUGGUCAAAUAUUUUUAGAAUUCCACUUUAUCACCUUAUUUUGCAAAGAGUGCCCAUAUGGUACAGGAAAAAAUAACAUUCUGGGAUUCAAAGAAGUACAUGAUGGUCCCCUUACUGAUAAUUGUAGUAAUCCUUUGACAUGAAGAAAAAAAAAACUAGUCAUUUAAGCAAGAAUCCCUUUUUGUAUCUUGGAAUGCAAUUAAAACAAUUCCAACCUUGUUAA